AAAAUCUACUCCAAAUCAUCCAGUUUCGUGUCCCCUUCGCCUCACGGCGGUGCUUACUCCCCGCUCGCCGGCUCUCCUCUUCCCCUUUCCCUUCCGGUGGCGCUUCCUCCCAGCUCGCGGGCCCUCGUCUUCCCCUUCCCCUCGCGGUGGCGCGUCCUCCCCGCUCCCCGGCCCGUUUGCUUCGCCUCGCAUCAUUGUCAAACCCUCUCUGCCCCCACCGAAGCGAAGCACACCAUCACCUCGAAGGAAUUUUCUCUCGUAGCCCCCCUCCUCCACUUCACCUGUAAUCGACUGGAGUGGGCUGGAUUGAUAUCUUCUUUUGUUGUAAGAUGAUUCUGAUUGGAGCGCUGCAACUUUGAUUAUCGGAUGCAAUGGAAUUAACCAAACUUCGUGGUGGAAGAAACAAAGAUUCACCCCUCAGGGCUCAACCUGCAGGCAACUCCUGCUGAGAACCAGGGGAAUUCGACCCGGGCAUGUCGGCUGGGAGAGGCGAUACAAACAUCCCUGGCAAUAGGCCUCUAUUCUGAGCGCUGGGGUGCCCAACUUAGGCUGUCAAAAUCUUGCUGGUACAGCCGCAGCAGACGACAGUAGCCUGAUCGCCUUGCUGGCCUUAUUCUCCGCAUGCUCCACGUCUGUCUUGAAUGCCAUGCACGAGAGUUCUGCCCCACAAGCUGCUUUCUCGAGUCCGAUGAGCCGCGCAGCUGAAGAACACGCUGAACCCUCCAUCCAGCCAUCCUGGAAUGUGCCCGAGGGAUGCACACAGGUGCCUAUUAGUAUCUUAGUGUUCCAUAGGCGGCUGACCGGAAGGGGAUCGAGACCGCAGCUGCCACUGUGUCAUAGUUUUAUGCCAGCCCCUGCCUUGGCUGGUGUUUCAGAGGGAGGAGCUUCUAUUCAGCUUGCUGGGAGUAAUUUCUUGUCACUUGGAAGAGCAUCAAACAUUGUUACAAGUGAUAUGGCAAUGAAUCCUUCACAACUAGCCACUCCAGAUAAAUACAAUUCUGAGCAUGCACCUAUACAUCUUCGGCCAAAUGGUUUAGAUGACGAAGCAUCCAAGACUGGAAAUGGAACAGAAGCUAGCCAACUGCAACAAUCCGCAACAACAAUUUUCUGUGACAACCACAGUAAUUUGGAAUCAGUGAUUCCUGCAAACACCUUGGAAACACAAGUUCAGCAUUCUCAAGAAUCAACUUCCCUUCGUGCAGAAGGAUCCGCUGACGACAGCAUGCAUGUGUACCAGCCGAUGCAAAAAAAGCCCAAGACACAAAUCAAUCAGAGUGAGCACACACCUUUGUCAACACCAGCUGUACUCAAGGAGAAAACAUUAACUCAGAUAGAGAUGCAGAUUUCAGGUGCUGAGAAAACUGAAGCAUUCAGGAAUGAGGAAUCCCCAGCACGAAAACUGAAGACUCGGAGGAAAAAACACAGACCAAAGGUAAUACGAGAGGACAAGCUAGAAAAAGUGAAAAAACGUGUAGAUUCAACACCAGAUGGAAAAUCUCCAAAUCAAAAGGUCAAGAGAAGUUACGUCCGGAAGAAAAGAAAUCUCAGCUCUCUGGAAAAGUGUGCAGGGUAUGUUAGUGAUCAAUCAAUCUCUAGAGAAAUAGGAAUUGAUGCUAGAAGCAGAAAUGCAUCAGUUCGAAGAAGUCUGCAUUUUGAACUCGAGGAACAAGGAGUGCGGGGAGACCAUUCAUUGCCAGCCAACUCACACGACCACAACUAUGAGAAACUCAUUCAUGCUCAAAGUUCUUUAUGCUCAAUGACUGGAUCGGAAGUGCAGAUUGGACAUGGACUGCAAGUAGAUAUGGAAAAUUCACCAGGAGGAUUAGCUUUUGGCAUGAGUCUGAAACUGAACAAAUUGUUAGAUGAGUACAUACAUUUGCCAGAGGUCACACCAAAACCUACCCAAGAAGUUUCAAAUGCAACUUCUGGAUCAUUUAGUAUGGAACUAACAAGGGAACAUGAUAAUGUAGGACAAACUUGCGAACCUGAUGCCACAUGUAAGUCCGGGUUGUGUAUUGAAAAAACGGCGGGGAUGGCUAUAAUAGAAGGGAACAAAAAAGACUUGGAAUUAAACUAUUCUAAUACAGAUGGUUUUCUUUGCUCAGCUAGGUCCUUAACUGAAAUGGAGUCCACAAGAAGUCAGAGUAAGGUGUCGAAAGUGGAGAACCACACACACCAUAACGAUGGUGAAUCAUCCCUAACUGGUACACAUGACUCCAUUAUCUUGAGGACUGCAGCUGAGAUGCUAGAAUUUUGCCAAGCUGGUGGUAAUAAAAGGAAGAGAUCAGCCCGAGUCCGUAGAAAUUCCUUCGUUUCUGUUAUGGAUCUUGAGAAUAAUGCUUUACAAGCAUCAACAAGAUUGCCACAGGCAUGCAUGGAUGCUCUGUAUGAAAGUUCCUACACUAAGUUUAUGACCAAGAAACGUUCACAAAAGGCACGAUCGCACUGUCCCAGUUCCAUUCAGCCAAAUGUGGAGCUGAAAAACAGGCCACUAGUUGGAAGCAUUUUUUAUGGUGGAUCUGAUGGAUCAAAAGUAUCAGAAGAGACUAUAAAAAAUUCUGCACCGCAGACCCUGGCCAAUAAAAGAGUCAACCUUGACACUCAUUACGAAGUACCAGAAGGGAUCUCAGCAAAUACAUCAACAGUACCGUAUAUGGAUUACCUUCAAGGAGUUGCAUCAAAGCUGAAACAUCUUGAUUUGAACACUGAGCAGGUGCAUAGAACUGAGAUGCAUUUAUCUCUGACCACACCUGCUGUUAUUUCUUUUGGAGGAACAGAUGGUCUGUCAAAUGCUCUUGUCCCAUAUGGUGGUAGGAUGGUGGUUCCAUACGAGAGGCCCUUGCAGUUAGUCAAAAGGCAGCGCCCUAGAGCUAAGGUUGACUUGGAUUUUGAGACAACAAGAGUUUGGAACCUUUUAAUGGGGAAAACAGCUGAGCCUGUAGAUGGGACUGAUGUUGAGAAGGAGAGAUGGUGGCAGCAAGAAAGAGAAGUUUUUCAAGGCCGUGCUAAUUCAUUUAUAGCACGCAUGCGACUUGUUCAAGGAGACAGGCGCUUUUCUCCUUGGAAAGGAUCUGUAGUUGACUCAGUAGUAGGAGUCUUCCUCACUCAGAACGUAGCUGAUCAUCUUUCAAGCUCUGCCUUUAUGGCCCUUGCUGCAAGUUUUCCGUCACGGUCAGUCAAUAGCAAUUGUAAGGAUGAUACUACCACCCAAGACAAUGAACAAACCAUCAGCUCAAGUGCGCCGGGAGAAAAAAACAUGUUUGACCUCUUUCAUUAUGGUGCCAGACCUGAUCUAGGAGUGAGUUGUGAGGAGUUAUCAAUGACCUAUGAGAAUAAAGACAUGGAACCAAAGGACAAUUCUUGCGCUGAUGAAUUGAUUAAAGUUGAAAAUUAUUCUUUUGAUUGCAGAUUAGCAAAUGCAAGUGUUUGUAAUCACCAAGGGAUAGAAAUAGAACAUAAAGCACAGCAAUUUUCAAAUUUCUCCUCUGUAGAAUUAACCGCGUCUUCAGAAGUCCUGCAACAGAUACAGUUCCAGAAGGAGAUCUCGUCCUCCCAAAGUGUAACUUUGGAAAAUCUUCAAUCAACAUUAUCUUUGAGUUCUGGGAUACCUAGAAAUUUUGUUGUUGUUGAUUCUGCUGCAACUUAUGAGCAGCUGGGAAGCAAUAUGGAUCAUGGAAAAUCAUUAACAGGAAAUGGUGCCACAACCAGUGAAAUGGAAUGCCAGAGGCUCAAAACAGCAGCAAUAAGGGAUGAUGGUAUCAGUAAACCUGGGAUUCCUUCUAGUAACACGAUGCCAUUUAUCUCGACCAUUGAUCCUCAACAAGUAGAUUUGAGAAACGAGCCAAAUGUUUCUUCGACAUCUCCCAACAUUUCUUCAGGUUCUGCAUCACCAAACUUCAUAAAUGGCACCAUCGAGAUGAAAAAUACUCUUUUCAUGCCAUUUGAUUCUGAUGUGGCAGAAAUGGGUGGUAAGACCGCUGGUGCUACUCUGAACUCUCCAAAAACAAGCACAGAGCUUCCAGUAAAGUUACACCAUGACAAAAGGACUAGUUUUGAAGCAUCAGACUUGCAGGAGCAUGAAUCACUCUUUGUCACUGGUGAAAUGACAGCUGGAACAAUAAGAAAAGAAGAUGAAUGUACUUUGAAAUCUGGUUUUACUUCCUACAAUGGAGUACCAGAUGCAGCAGCACGAGCAUCACGGCCAAAGAAAACAAGAACCACAAGUAAAAAGAAUAUGGAGAAUUUCGACUGGGAUAAAUUGCGAAGGCGGGCUUGUAGUGAAGGCCACAUGAAAGAAAGAAGUUUUGAAAGAAAAGAUUCUGUAGAUUGGGACGCAAUAAGGUGCGCAGAUGUGCAAAGAAUUGCUCAUGCCAUUCGGGAAAGGGGAAUGAAUAAUGUUUUAGCAGAGCGAAUCCAGAGUUUCCUGAAUCGUUUGGUCAGAGAUCAUGGGAGCAUUGAUCUUGAGUGGUUAAGGGAUAUUCCCCCAGACUCAGCAAAGGAUUUCCUGCUAAGUAUACGUGGACUGGGGCUGAAAAGUGUUGAGUGUGUUCGUCUUCUCACUCUGCAUCAUCUUGCCUUCCCAGUUGACACAAAUGUUGGUCGCAUAUGUGUUAGACUGGGAUGGGUGCCCAUUCAACCCCUCCCUGAAUCUCUACAGUUACAUCUCCUGGAGCUGUAUCCUGUCUUGGAGACUAUACAAAAGUAUCUUUGGCCUCGCCUGUGUAAACUUGAUCAACAAACACUGUAUGAGCUACAUUAUCAUAUGAUUACUUUUGGAAAGGUCUUUUGUACCAAAAAUAAGCCAAAUUGCAAUGCAUGCCCUAUGAGGAGUGAGUGCAAGCAUUUUGCAAGUGCCUUUGCAAGUGCAAGGCUUGCACUUCCUGCUCCUCAGGAGAAAAGCUUAGUGAAGUCAAGCAAUCCAUUUGCUUUCCAGAAUAGCAGCACGCACACUCUGAAUUCUACUCAUCUGCCUCGCCUUGAGGGGAGUAUCCAUGCAAGGGAUUUUCUUCCUAAGAACUCAGAGCCAAUAAUCGAGGAGCCAUCAAGUCCAAGAGAGCAAGAAUAUCCAGAAACUAUGGAAAAUGAUAUUGAAGAUUUUUAUGAAGACGGUGAAAUCCCAACAAUAAAGCUUAACAUGGAAGCUUUUGCACAUAACUUGGAAAAUUGCAUUAAAGAAAGCAAUACGGAACUCCAAUCUGGUGAUAUUGCAAAAGCAUUGGUUGCUAUUAGCACUGAAGCAGCUUCAAUUCCUGUACCUAAACUAAAGAAUGUGCAUAGGCUUCGAACAGAACACUAUGUAUACGAACUUCCAGAUUCACAUCCUCUUGUACAACAGUUAGGACUUGACCAACGGGAACCUGAUGAUCCAAGUCCGUACUUAUUGGCCAUAUGGACACCAGGUGAAAUAAAGGAAAUAAGCAAGGCACCAAUACCAUGCUGUGACUCUCAAAUGGAAGGCAGCUUAUGCAAUAAUGGGAUGUGUCAUAAUUGUAUUGCUGAACGAGAAAUCCAAUCUAGAUAUGUCAGAGGCACAAUUCUGGUUCCUUGUCGAACAGCUAUGAGGGGUAGCUUCCCACUUAAUGGCACCUAUUUUCAAGUUAAUGAGGUAUUUGCUGACCACAAAUCUAGCCAAAACCCCAUACAUGUCGAAAGGGAGCAGUUAUGGAACUUGCAAAGGCGCAUGGUCUUCUUUGGGACUUCAGUACCUACUAUAUUCAAAGGUCUAACAACAGAAGAAAUACAACACUGCUUCUGGAGAGGAUUUGUCUGUGUGCGAGGAUUUGAGAUGGAAACUAGGGCACCAAGGCCUCUGUGCCCCCAUUUGCACGUUGUAGCAAGGCCAAGAUCCCGCAAGACAGCAGCAACUGAGCAAGCACUCUAAUUUAGCAAAGAUAUCAAAUCUAUAAACAUUAUGUUUAUGGUGAUACCAUUCACUCUCGAUCUGUUCAUGGGUCAUAUUAGUUCCUGCCGAACGAAGGCCAUUCUUCGAGGUAAUAAACCAUGGAGUUGGAAACUGUUAAUUCUCAGAUGUGGAAACUAAUUCAACAUGAGAAAGCACCAAAUGUUUUCGUAUGCACCGCUGGUGCAAGUUUUAUGUAAAUUAUCAUUUACCUGUUAAUCUGUGUAGGAUGCCAUUGUUUUCCUUUCUGAGACACUUGUAUCUUAUUAGCAUUUCAUUUGGUUUAUCAAUUGUACAUGUACUAGAUUUAUGUACUGGUAUCAUGUUGUGUGCUACACACCAUUUGUUUCAUCACUGGAUAGCUUGGCAAAAACCUUGUUUCUGUACCUGUAUAUUCAUGUUGUCUACAUCACUGAUUUUCACAACUAGCUGUUUUCGUGCAUCUGGAAGAUACGAACGAACAGUGUCAUGUCAUCAGAGUUUGCUGCAAGCGGGCAUGCUGUAAUAAAAUUGUCAGCACCUUAUUA